GAGAUUGGGAGAUUGAAUAAUUUCUGAUUAACUUCUGCAAAUGCAGGAAAGGGAUACAAAUACUAAAGUUUUGAGAUCACACUAACGGUCCAAACAAUGACCUGUCAAUGAUGACUAGAAAGCAUAAAGCAAAAGCAUAAAGCAAAAGCGAAGAUGAGCUGUGAGCUAAGCAUCUUUGGGGAUAUGCCUUUCUGAUAAGGCUGGUGAAUAUGACUCAUGCUGUGACAACAUUCAACUUACGGCUGACAGCUCACGCCUGCGGUGAUGUGACAAUCUCCUCGUCUUGGUCAUAUUCACCAUCUAAAGGAUCCGGUACCUAACUUCACCAUCAUGGACGCGGCGGCAACAGUGCGUGUGGUGAUAGUGACUUCCUCCUUUGAUCACCAUUUAAGGAGACGUGUGCGGCUAGGGUAAGGAAGAGAGGAGAGAUGCAUACCAAUAUAUAUAUAUAGCUAGGUAAAAAUAAUUAAUCAAGUAAACCAACCGGUUUGGUCAAACGAAAACAAAAGGUUGAGUUUAUUACUUAUACCAAAAAGAAACCAGCUCGGUUUAGAGAAAUUUAAUUAAUAACAAAAAAAGAAACCAAAAGCGAAUUUAAGAAUUCUGGUCGUUACAGUAAGAGGCAGCCUCAGAAACAAGAACGUACAAGCAAACAUCUUCGUCAACCUGUAAAAUCACGUGCCCUCGUUACCUCUUUACUCAAUCCGGAUUACUUUGCUACACACCGACACCGUGUUAAACAUCUCUCAUUGCAAAAACUUAAUUAUCAAAAAUAAAACUUCUCUCAUUGCAAAACCUAGAAAAUCAGAACAAAAAAAACUGAGGUAUGGAGAAAGAACUGAAUAGCUUGGUGAAAGUAGGGGUUUCAACGAUAAUGUCGGUAUCUUAUUGUUUCUUUUUGCCACCUAGAAUCAAAUCUGGUUUUUUCCGUUUAGUCUCUAUUCUCCCUGUAUGUGUUUUGUUUCUUGUUCUUCCUCUGUUCUUGUCCUUUCCACUUUUCUCUUCCCCCGCAGCAAUUUUGCUAAUACUUGCCGAUUUGAAACUCAUCCUCUUUUCCUUUGAUCAAGGUCCUCUUUCUCCACUACCCUCAAACAUCUUCUUAUUCACAUGUUUCACUUGUUUCCCCAUCCAGCGUCAAAAGAACCCUAAACCUCAAGCAGGAGGUCAGGAUCAAAUGCACACAUGGAUUUUCGCAAUUAAAGUUGUACUCUUAGGUGUAUUGUUACAUUUAUAUCACUGGAAAACCCUUCCUCCCAUUAUGCUAUUGGGUCUCUAUCCACCGUUUUUAUAUGUUUUACUUGAGGUUUCCCUAACGCUCUUCAGAAUUUUGUUGACUAUCAUUCUUAAAUGCAAUCUAGAGCCACAUUUUAAGGAACCAUACUUAGCCACGUCUCUUCAAGACUUCUGGGGACGCCGAUGGAACCUCCUAGUCUCUGCAAGUCUCCGGGCAUGCGUCUACACUCCUGUGCGGCGUGUCUGCCAACACCUAAUGUGUUCUGAUGAUUCUGCAAUGUUAAUUAGUGUUUUGGCGACUUUCAUAGUCUCUGUUUGCACAGUCGGGGAAGUGGCGGUGAAAAGGACUGCGUUUGCACAGAGGUGGGUGGUGAGACAGAUGUUAUCACGGCUGCUAACGGUGGGUUUUGUGGUUGUGACCACUUGGUGGCUGUUUUUCCCUCCUUGGAUUCGUAGUAACGUGACGGAGAAAUGCUUCAAUGAAGCCUCAUUGCUCAUUGAUUUCCUAAGACGCAAGUUAAUUUUUUUGUACCUUAAGACGCAGGUUAUUUCAGUGAACUAACUUAAUAGUUACUGAUAUUAGAUGAAUACCCGCGUAUACACGCAGAUUUUUUUAAUAUUAUGUUUGUAAUCAGUUGAAUGAUAAAUUCUAUAUAAAUUUAAAAAAAUUAUUGAUCAUCCAUGAUGAAGAAUUAAAAACAAAAAAAAUCGCACGAUUAAUAUGAUUUGUGAAACAUGGUUAAAAUUUGCAAUGAUUUAUCUUAUCCGUUAUAAUAAAUGUGAGUUAUCUCUCACCACGGCCCUCCACAUCAUUCAGAAUAUAUAGAGCAAAAGAUGACACAUGGUAGCUUCCUUUUAAUUAUCAAAACAUGUUCUCGGGCGACUUGUGUUUAGAGGCUGGAUUCGUCCAAUCAUAAGGCUAUAAUCGCCACAUGAUACAAUCUUUUACUUAACACAUAAUUUUAUUAGGUCAAUUAUAUUGGGCUUUAGAAAUAUAAAGCACCUACUCCUCCAUCAUCCUCAUCCUUUCCAUCUGGAAGUUCAUCAGUUUCUACAGUUCACUGUUACGGUGUAAUAAUGUGGAUUCACUUUAGAUCAUCCAGUUCUGUUUUUUUACUCCUUUUUUCCAAGAGAGAUGGUAUCAUUCUACAUCCCUUUGUUUUUCCACCUAUAUAAAUUGCUUUGUGAAUCUGCCUUCCAACCACAAUCGGAAACCUCCAUUGAAGAAUAGCAUGCCUAUGUUUUUCAAAAACAUAUGCUACUGAUUUAGGUUCUCUUUAAUAAAAUUGUCCGAUGUACGAGUUGUUGUUUGAUCGGAAAACGGUACUAAACGAGGGAAAGUUUGGUUUUAGAUGUGGGUUUAGCAAAGACGUCUUAUUGACGGUCGGAUAAACGUUUCGUCGAUUACAAGGAAAGGAAAUGCGUAAAGGAAAAGUGACCGGAGCUCGAAGAGCUUUGCCAGAAAGAUACAGUACAUCAAGAUAAUGAAGGUAAAACCCUAAUCUAGCCGCAAAGUAUGUGUGAGUUGUUUCGGAUCCUUUCUACGUUACACCCCUCCUCUCAUUUAUAGUCAACUUGGUGUUUCCACGUGACCUAUCUUGCAUCGUCUUCGUGGGCUUUUAACUCGUUGGGCCGAGAAGCCCACGUUGCUUCGAGGAGCCAUUUAGCCGGAUUCGUCUAGUCGAAAUGCAACUGACUAAAAGUUCCCUCGCAUCGCGCCGAGAGACCGGCGCCUCGAGCUGCUGCGCCGAGAUGUUGUUACGCCUUGUUAUGGGCCGGGUCGUCUGUUUUCCAGGCCUUGAGGGAUGGUCGAAUCCAUCCUCUACAGUAAGUCCCCCCAGUUCAUCGGUGAGUGACGUUCUGUCUAACUCGAUGAAUUUGGAAAGUUAAUGGUUUGGAAGAACAGAUGGAUCGUCGCGAAAGUACGUUGCCUGGUCGGCACAACGCGAGACAUCGUCAUGUACUUCUCAUUUUAUCAGGCGGUUUAAUCGAGUCUUGGUCGAACCGAUUUUGUUUGGUUAGAUCCGAUUUUUAUUUCGACCGUUGGUUCGAUCUGGGUUAGAGCCGGUUAUCGCGAGAAGUCAAAACGACGUGUCGAUUUCUUCGGGGACUGAAUACUGUCUCUAGGCCCAUGUAAGUCCAUGUAGACUCAAUGAUGACGCCUCGGGGAAAUGCCCCGCUUCCCCUCUAUAAAUACUUGUCCACUUCUCGUUCUCUCCAUUCUUCUCUGCGUUAUCCACGUACUUUCUCUCUCUUCCUCUCUGCUUCUCUCUCUAGAUUGUUGUUGUUGUAGCAUAGAUAGCGAUAUGUCAUCUGGUGGGAGGUUAUCUCGUAAACAAAAAGGGAAAGAGGUCGCGACUGCAUCUAGUCCCGCUAGGGAUGUGAGCGGGGUUCUGCUCGAAGAAUUCGAACAGGUCCAUCACGAAGCGAUGAUGGGAACUCAGAAUUUAGAUCUGUCUCAAAGGAUUUUGGUCUCCGAGUCAGCGCGCUCAUACCGACAAGAAGUAGGAAGAAAUCCAGCUGAGCCGCAGGCCUGCGAGAGAGACGGUUCGGGCGGUGUGAGAGACGGAGUUCCUCUCGUUAACUACGUGCCAACAUGCUAUUACCUUGGAGAAAAUUUUAAGGAACUCCCGGCAGUAGCUCCCGAGUUCCUGCGCUUCCCAGACGUGAGUGGCCAGGCCUGGGAGAAUGUUAUCGAGACGCAGUCGACCCCUGAUAGCGUGAAGAAACUUUUGAGGGAACGUCGCGGACUGGGGGUGACGUUCAUGAAUCCUUCGAAAAGCCAGAGGCCUUGGUCGCCACCGGUUGGGUUCCAAUGCGUCUAUGAAUCCUAUUUUCAAGAUGAUACGAAGCUCUGGUUUCCGAUUCUUCGAUUAGUCACAUCGUACGUGAGGCGCCGAGGUGCAGCACUAAGCAAGUUUCUGAAUGGCUCAUGGCGUAUCGCGGUUGCCUUGAUGGUUAUUGUUGGGGAAAAAUACCUCGGUACCAUUUCCUCCAGCCUCCAGGCAGGACCCAGACCCUCGGGUCCCCGAUAAGGGAACGCUCCAGGUCCCCGCUAGAAGAAACCCUGAGUUCGGUCCCUGGAACCGAGCUCCCUUCCAAGAAAUGGAAAACUUCCGAUAAGGAGAACUUUCCAUAUUUCCGAUUAUCGAAGAGUUUAACCUAAUGGAACCGACUCCUAGACGGCUAUAUAAGAGCUACUAAAACCUUAAAGCAAGGGAUCAACUUCUCCAAGGCUUAGAGACUAGAGUUAGACUGCUAGAAUUAGGGUUCUUACUCAAUACCUUGUAAUCUUGCUUGUUCUAUCUAAUAAAGGUCUCUUCAAGCCUAUCUCUUUAUUAUCCUCUCUAAAUCCUCAUGAAAUACAUACAAAUACCCUUGGUUUACUAGCUUGUCCAUCGUUCCGUAGUACUCACAAAGAGCCUACACAAAAAUCCCCUAACAGUUUGGCGCUAGAAGGAGGAGAGUAAUCUAACUACGUGAUGAUGGCAAUAGACAAACGUGACGAGCUAUCCGAAGCCGCUCGAAGAGGGACCGAUUCCGAGGGCUUAUCCGACAACUUGCAAAGCUGGACAAGCAAGCUCGUCAAAGCCAAGCCCGUCCUUCCGUGCCUAGGAGGCAGGACGAUCCACCUCAUAUCUGAAGGACCAGAGGCGUGCAGCGUAAACCAUGCCGCCGUUCAGGAUAACGCCCACGACGUAUGGGGAAACUCCGAAAGGGUCAAGUCAGAAUGUCCCAAGACCGACAAAGUAACUUUCACCGCCGAAGAACGAGAGGGAGUCUUGGUGCCACACCACGAUGCCCUCGUCAUCUCGCUUACUAUAGCAAACUGUCUGGUUAAAAGAAUACUGGUGGACAGCGGCAGCUCUAGAUAGGGCUGGAGGAGGAAGUCCUGAUACGUAAAACAAUCCCCCUUGUCGGAUUCAGCGGGGAGGUCAAACAAACAACAGGAGAGGUCAUCCUCCCUAUCCAUGCUGAAGGGGUUAGCCUACCCACUAGGCUACUGGUCGUCAACUAUCAUUCCUCUUACAACGUGAUCCUGGGCCGAGCGUGGAUUCAUGGAAUGGGGGCAAUUCCCUCGACUCUCCAUCAGACAAUAACAUUCCCCACUCCUUGGGGCGUUAGGGCGAUUAGAGGAGAUCAGGAAACCGCCCGCCACUGCUACCAGGUCACUCUAAAGAAACAAGUCAAGACCGCACCACCCACGCAAAUCAAGUCCCGAGUUCCGCAUACAGAGGAGCCAGAGGUCAAAGAUAUGGAUGACGUGCCCAUGGCUCUCCGCCACUCGCCCGAGACCAGCAAAUAAAAAUCAUCAUAACAGUUACCAUGACAUUACAGUUGAUUUUCUCAUUGAUUUAGCUUCACGAACUUCGAAUUCACAGGAUAUUCGGGCUUUAGUGGAACCCCAUGAUGCAAAAAUAAUAGAAAGCAUACUUCUGAGCAUAACUCGAAUGGGAGAUAGGGAUGGCUGGCAUGUUACCAAUAAUGGGAAAUACACGGUUAAAUCUGCCUACCAAGUAGAAAAACAAACAGCAGUGUUUGUUUGGACCCACAAUUGAUAUCUUGAAAGUGUUAUGUUCGAAAGUUAGGUGGCCACCAAAAAUUAAACAUUUCUUGUGGCAACUGGUGUCAGGAUGCAUAGCAGUUAAAAAAAUGUGCAAGCGCGAGGACUACAAGGGGAUAUAUGUUGUGCUUGAUGUGGAGUUUCAGAGGAAUCAAUAAAUCAUGUGUUUUUCGAAUGCUCUUCAGCUCGUCAGGUUUAUGCCCUCUCAAAGAUACCAUCGAAUCCAAAUAUUUUUCCCAGUGGGUCCCUCUUCACAAAUAUGGAUCAUCUAUUCUGGAUAAUUUGCCCUAAAAAGGAUGAUCACCAAUUUGCAUGGAUUCUAUGAUACAUUUGGAAAGGAAAGAAUAACAAAAUUUUUAGUAAUCUUGAUAAUUAUCCCGGGAAACACUCAAAUUGCCGGAAAUAGAAUCAACGUUCUGGGCUGAAGCACAAGUGUUGAAAACUUAGACGGUAGCACAACAUGUUGAGGUUCUGGACCUCCCGUCAAUUCUUGGGUGCUGGUGUUUCAUAGAUGGCUCUUGGAAAUAGAAUGAGUUGUUUUCAGGACAAGGUUGGUACAUUACUCUAUAUGGUUAUGAUUGUUUGAUAGGAGCAAGAAAUGUCAGGGAUAGUUUCUCUCACCUUUCACUCGGAGGUGGAAGCGCUACUCUGGGCAAUGGAAUGUAUGAGGAAUUUACGUCAGUUUCGGGUCACGUUUGCAACGGAUUGUUCUCAAUUGGUGAAGAUUAUUCGGAACCAGAAGAAUGGCCCGCAUUUGCAAGUUAUUUGGAGGAUAUCAAGUCCCUGCAAGAAAGUUUCCUCAGCUCAGAGAUCAUUCAUGUACCAAGAACGAAAAAUUUGAAGACGGAUAGUCUAGCACGAAGUGUCAGGAAACAGCCGUCUUUUGUCGUUCAUAUGGAUGCGGCGCUACCAAUAUGGUUCACUGAGUCAAUAUGAGUCUGUUUUUUAUGACAAAAAAGGUCUUGCAAGACCCUAAAAUUGUAAAUUAACAAUAAUAUUUUUUCAUCUUCAGGAUAUACUUGAAGUUGAAGAUAAUUCUAACGUGAUAAUUUUGUAGCUAAACUAUGUAGCUGUUAAACAAUAUCAAAGUUUAUAACAUCAUAUAAAAUGUUUAGUCCUAGUUUUGAUAUGACAAACCCGAACUUGGUGGACAAAGUGGAAGAUGAAAAGUCGCCCAUUUGGCUGAACUAGUGGAUGAGGUAACAAGUAUACAGUUACCAAUUUUACUGGUGGAAAUUCAUCACUUCUUCUCAUCUCUUUAUUGGAGAACAUGGGUAAUUCAACAAAGGAACCCAACCCACUUUUCUGACAGCCCUUUAGCAGACAUAUUCAUGGUGGACACAAUGUAAAAGAGGAAACUAUUACUUUUGUUUAGCCUUCACAACGUACAUUCCACCCAAGGAUUAAACAAUUGACAGAGGAUGUUUAAUUAACAUGGUGUACAAAUCCAAGCCGAUUCACAUAAAUCGUCGAGGAAGAUAAAGAUGAAUUUGUAUAUUUAAGGGUGUGGAACUGAGACCAAUUUUUAUCAUUAAAGAAUAAAUAAUUUAUAUUUGUAGGAACGAAGAUGACUAGUCAACGUCUAGAUACAUCACCCAUCCAACAUGCGUAAGUAAAGCGGAAUGUAAAAAAUUAUACAACAGUCCUAAAAAUGUACGAAAUAUGUAGUAGUGUAAUACAUUUGAGUUCAACAGAAGAAACGUAAACAUGUAUUUAAUGAUAAUUAUACUACAAUGUAUCAUAAAGAUGCACAUAUGCACAUGUCUGACUUGUUUGGUAAGAAAAUAUCAUUUUGGCUCAGUAAAAUUCUUUUAAAAAAGAAGUCUUUGUUUGCAUAACGACUUUAUAUCGAAUGCAUUACAUGUUGAUACGUUAGUUAAGGCUGUCAUGGAAACAUCAAAGGUCAGAUGAUCCAAUUAAUCUAAAUGAGUUGAAUACCCAUGUACCAAAAACCUACUUUGUGAAUGAGAUAACACCUGGAUCAACUGAAAUUGAAGAGGACGAGGUUAUACUACCUUUGUGGAUGUACAGUUUAUGGUGUCUUUUUAUUUAGUCAUUUUGUAUAUCAUAUAUACAUGUCUAGCAACCUAUAAAGCGUGAUGAAUGAUGUGGCCGAUGGUUGUUUACAAAUAUGCACCUUUUUAAACUCGUAUGCACCAUUUCUAAAUAUUAGAGAUUGAUAUUUGUUCGAUUGUUACUCAUCAAUAAUGUCGCUGAUGGUUUUAAUGUGGAUAACUUAAUGUAGUGUCCUUUAAGGAAGCUUGGGAUAAUUUCCGCUUGACUUAAUUCUUCAAGAACACUAAAAAAUCUAUGGAAUAGGUUAAAGCAUUGUUUGAUGAAGCUAGAAGUGCACCUUCAGAGGCGAAGAAACUCGCCAAGUUUGAGGACCCUGAGAAAUUUGUUGUUCCCUGCAUUAUCAACAUUGGGUCUUGCUACAAAAGCUCCUAAGAUUACUCUAAAAUUUAUAGACUUCUCCACCAAAUCUCAUAAUGGUGUUUGUGAGAACCGAAAUUCGCACUGUCGAUUUUAGUUAAUGGAGUAAAGCCAAGAUUCUCGACUUUUUCUGAGGAUCCGGAUUAUCUGUGUUAACAUACGAAUACGAAAAAGAUAACAAAAUAUCGAUGGUAAAUUGCACAAAGGCAUUUUUUUGAAUAAGAUGAAUUGAGAUACAGGUUUUCACCAAAAAUAGUUGAAUAGGAAAUCGUUAACAAUGGAGAAUCGUAAAACAAAGCGGAAAAACAUUCUAAGUAAGGAACGCGCUAGUCUAGCCACCUAAGUUCUAAGUUCUCCUAAAGCCAAUAGAAAUCUCUUAGGACUAAAUUUUUGGAUCCCCUUUGCACUUCGUCUUGGCUCUCCUUAUAUAUCCCUUCAAGGUCGGUUUUCUUUCCCUUCCUGCCCUUGAUUUGAGUUUAUCCCUUUGCGGAAACCUUCUUUAUCCUUUCGAUCUUCACGAUUACCUCGGAAACUUGACACUUAUCGUCUUUUCCAUUUAUCUUCUGUGAAAAUUGAGCUUGUGCCGCGUUUUGGACAUUCUUGGACUGUAUUUUGACUUAAGCGUUUUUAUGAUUUCCUUCAGGAAAUCACCUUUCUUAUGAUGCCAGUUCUUGUAUUUCUAGUUUCCUGAGACGAUAAUACUAAUCGUCUAGUCGAGAUAACAAAUGGUGUUAUGUUAACUAUUAUCGUUUUAUACGAUUAAUUUAAACUUUAACGGGAAAAAAUCUUUGCGGUUUUUAUCGUAAAACUUCAAAGAUGAAUCCAGUCGAGACGAAACAAGGAUUGAUUCAAUCAAGACUACAAAGGAAGGUGUCAUGACCGCCCUAGGGCGGUGAAGAGAGACAGGCGUUGUGCCCGCCCUAGGGCGGGGAGGAGAGAUAGACGUUGUCCCCGCCUAGAAGGACGGUUGUCGUGCCCGCCCCAGGGCGGGGAGGAUGGACGGUCGUCGUGCCCGCCCUAGGGUUUUAGAAAAUAGCAGAGGUGGACAAGGUAGUUGUUCAGUUGAUUGAUUGGUUGGUUGAGGUUGUGACAAAUUAUGAGAAAGUAGCUAGAUGUAGGGUUUUAGGAAAUCAUGAUUAUAAUGAUAUAGAUGCUUAGGUUAUCAAUCCUAGAACUCGAAUUCUAAUGAGAAAGUAUUCCAGCUCCCGCGUGCAAAUCAAUUCCAUUGACUAAGUCCAAUAUAUCAGUUGUCGCUUGUUGAUAUGGAUCGAACGUCGAUCAAUGCUAUGAGAUUAGCAUCAAUCGAUGUUUCCUUAUGCAAGCUUUAGUGAGUUGAUUGAUAGGUUCACUAGUCUUAACUAAAUCAGUUGUCGCUUGUUUCUAGCAAUCAUAGGUCAAGAUAAUUAAUUCAGAUAACAGACCAUGCCGUAGCGUGCGCCUAAUUAUCCUAAGUUUAGGGUUCUAGUUAACUACUAUAAAACACAAACAUUACAAACAAUUAUCUGAAGGAUUUCUAUCACCUUACCAGUUCUCUAUAGUUUAGGCUAUUAAUCCCUCAUAAUAUUUCACUUAAACCAUAAAUCUAUCAAUAGAAAUUACUCAGACAUAGCAAAGCAGAACAUAGCAAGUAUCUGAAUAGAAUGCAUGAAUAGAAUAAGGUAUAAAAAUUGGAGUUCUAAUACAAAGCUCUGAAGGAGUCUUGGAUCUUUUAUCCAAACUACUAAAAACUCUAAAUAUGUUUAUUUUGAAAGUAAGAAAAUAUGAAAGUGUGUGUUGCCCAGAACAAUGGCAAAGUACAUAAAAAUAUUAGGUUAAAGUUGGCCAAAGGUAUUUAUGUAAUUUAUGUGGAACUUGGACUAUAAGUCGGCUGGGAACCAAGUUGGACCUUAUGCACUUCGCUGUCGAUAAACGACAAGAGAUGUCUGUCGAUCAAUGUUUUACUCUGAAUGUCGACAUUGGACUUGUUCGACGGACAGGUCCAAGUCGGCUGGGAACCAAGUUGGACCUUACGCACUUUGCUGUCGAUAAACGACAAGAGAUGUCUGUCGAUCAAUGUUUGACUCUGAAUGUCGACAUUGGACUUGUUCGACGGACAGGUACGAGUUUCUUCUAGUUUUAUCUCCAAAAUGCUCCAAAAUCAUCAUAUAUUUCCAAAACAGUCAUGAACCUGUAAAUACUCUAAAAAGACUCCAAACAUAAUAAAUAUAUUCUAAAACGUCUAUAUACCAUGACUAAAAACUGGUAAAAUUCAUGGUAUAUCAAUUUUUCAAAACUUAUUAUUUUGCUUCUCCUCAAAGAAAACAAGAGUAGUCGUAAUGAAGGAAAUUUUUGAAAACAGCAGGAACUCAAAUAAUUAAAAAUCACUACUCUUAUUUCUGCAAAUAUGAUACGUGAAAGUGAAUCAUUACUAACAUUGGAUGAUUCAAUAUAUUACACUUUAACUUAGUCACCAAUGUUAAAUACAUUUAAAUAGUUAUUUAACAACAAAAAUUAUAUAGUAUAUAUAUAUAUAUCAUUUAGUAUAAGAUUAUCUAGGUGUGAUUGUGCCCGAAGGGAAGGCCUUGUAGAGAUUAGUCUGAGCUUACCGAUUGGGAUUCUCCACGGACAUAAAAGAAAAAAGUAAUAUCCAAAUUACAAUUAAAAAUCAAGGGAUAAUUAAAAAAAUUUGUGACAUAUUAUGUUAUAUGUAACGUAGAUGUAAGAUUAUUUUCGUAUUAUGAUUUUGUUUUAGUAAGAUAGAUAUAUUUCAAAAAAAUUUAAUGAAGAAAUAUAAAUACAAGAAUGAAUAACUAAUAACAAAAAUUAAAUAAAAUUUUUAACUUUCAGUAUACCACCCUCGUAGUAACUUAUUUUAACUUGUAACGGAGUAUAAUUGUUUCAUAAUAACCACCUCCCUAGAAAAAGAAAUGAAAA